CUGCUUCAGUCCUGCUGCAGAUGCUGGGGCUACAAACCCCAUAAUCGCUGACUAUUGUGCACUGUCUGUGGCUGCGGAUGAUGGGAGUUGUAGUACCAAGACCAUCUGGAAGGCAAAAGUGCUGCAGCUCAGCUCUUGCGGAAGUCACCAAGCGGCUAGUCCGCAGUGUUUUCUGGUGUGGGAGCCCUCGAAGGGUUAAAGUGAAGGCAUGGAAGCGGGAAGUCAUUGCCUGCCCCCGCCUCUUUUUCUGCAAAGGGGCCUGGGAUGCGUGUGGGCUCCAGGCUCCUCCUCCUCUUCUUCUUCCUGGGGUCUGGUGGAAAGAACAAGGAGAUCUUUGGGCCUUGUUGGAGAUUGCCUUAGAGCACAGAUCAAAGAUGGGAGAGGAGGACUCUGCUGGCCCCAAAGCAGAAGAAGGCCCUGAUGAUGCCAUCCAGGCUGGGAACAGUGAGGACUUCUACACAUCUCCACAGAAGGUCCUGGGCAAAGACACCAGCAGUUCAGAUGUGCAGCGCCAGCACUUCAGGCAGUCCCGCUACCAAGGAGCUGAGGGCCCCCGAGAGCUUUGCAGCCGACUCCACAGCCUUUGCCGUGGAUGGCUGAAGCCAAAGCAACACACCAAGAAUCAGAUCCUGGACUUGGUUGUCCUGGAGCAGUUCUUGGCCAUCCUGCCCCAGGAGAUGGAGAGCUGGGUCAGGGAAUGCGGAGCAGAGACCAGUUCCCAGGCGGUGGCCCUAGCCGAAGGUUUCCUUCUGAGCCAGGCAGAGGAGAAGAAGCAGGGAGAGCAACAGAUACAAGGAUUGUUGUUUGAAAUGGUCCCUGAUUUUGCGGAGGCACAGAAGGCUCCAUCAGACACCCGGCAGAGGCCACUUCCCAGGGGGAUCUUGCAGGAGGGCGACAGAGGUGCCACCUUACUGGGUGGUGAAAUGACACUGCCAGUGCAUCCUCAGCCACCUCUUCUGUCUGUUGGAGGUGACGAAUCUUCAAUAGGACUAGAACAGGGUCUGAUGACUUUUGAAGAGGUGGCCGUUGGUUUCACGGAGGAGGAGUGGGCUGUGCUGGAUCCAGACCAAAGAGCCCUGCACAGGGAAGUCAUGGAAGAGAAUUUUAGGAAUCUGGAUUCUCUGAUAGUUGACACGUGGGAGAGUGAGUUUGAGGGAAAGCCCCAUGGAGGAUUCUUGGGAGAUGCCAGAGGGAAAGAAAAGGAGAAAAGGACUAUCAAAAUCCAACAAAUAAUGGAGAAAGAAAGAGGAAGCCUGUAUUCUGUAAGUAGGAAAAGAAUAAGUUGGGAACCAUGUUUUCAACUUCAGUGGGAAAUGCAGACUGGGGAGAAACCAGAUAAACAUUUGGAAUGCGGAAGAAGCUUCUGCCGAAGUUCACACCUUCCUUUGCUUCAAAAAAUGCACACUGAGGAGAAACCAUAUAAAUACGUGGUGUGUGGAAAGAGCAUCAGUUUAUAUGGAGCUAUUACUAUACAUCACAGAACCCAUAUUGGAGAGAAAUUAUGUGAGAAACCAUAUAAAUGCUUGGAAUGUGGACAGAGUUUCAGUUACAGUGGAAACCUUAUUGUACAUCAAAGGACCCACACUGGUGAAAAACCAUAUACAUGUUUGGAGUGUGGAAAGAGCUUCAGUCAAAGUGGAAACCUUAUUAUACAUCAAAGGACCCACACUGGUGAGAAACCACAUAAAUGCUUGGUAUGUGGAAAGAGCUUCACCCGAAAAGCACAGCUUACUAAACAUCACAGAAUCCACACUGGUGAGAAACCAUAUACAUGCUUGGAGUGUGGAAAGAGCUUCAUCCGAAGUGCACAUCUUACUAAACAUCACAGAAUCCACACUGGUGAGAAACCAAGUGAGAAACUAUAUACAUGCUUGGAGUGUGGAAAGAGCUUCACCCGAAUUGCACAUCUUACUUUGCAUCAAAGAACCCACACUGGUGAGAAACCAUUUAAAUGCUUGGAGUGUGGAAAGUGCUUCAUCAUGAAUAGUGAUCUUGCUAGACACCAUAGAACCCACACUGGAGAGAAACCAUAUAAAUGCUUGGAGUGUGGAAAGACCUUCCGUACCAGUGGACAUCUUACUAGGCAUCAAAGGACACACACUGGAGAAAAACCGUAUAAAUGCUUGGAAUGUGGAAAGAGCUUCACACGGAGUUCACACGUAACUUUGCAUCAAAGAAAAAUAAUCCACACUGGGGAGAAACCAUUAAAAUGCUUGGAGUGUGGAAAAAGCUUCAGUGUGAAUUCUAACCUCAUUAUACAUCAUAGAACCCACAGUGGGGAGAAGCCAUAUAAAUGCUUGGAGUGUGGAAAGAGCUUCAGCCAGCGUGGAACACUUACUGUACAUCAAAGAACCCACACUGGGGAGAAACCAUAUAAAUGCAUGGAGUGUGACAAGAGCUUCAGUGUGAGUUCACAGCUCAUUAUACAUCAAAGAACCCACACUGGAGAGAAGCCUUUUGAAUGCUUGGAAUGUGGAAAGAGCUUCAGCAAGCAUGGAACACUUACUGUACAUCAAAGAAUCCACAGUGGGGAGAAACCAUAUAAAUGCAUGGAAUGUGGGAAAUGCUUCAGCCAAAAAGCAAUCCUUACUGUACACCAAAGAGCUUACGCUGGUGAGAAACCAUAUAAAUGCUUGGAGUGUAGAAAGAGCUUUAGGGAUAAGGGAUCUCUUACUACACAUCAAAGAACACACACCGGGGAGAAACCGUAUAAAUGCUUGGAGUGUGGAAAGAGCUUCAGCGAUAAGCGAUAUCUUACUAAACAUCAAAGGAUUCACACUGGGGAGAGACCAUAUAAAUGCUUGGAGUGUGGAAAGUGCUUCAGGGUUAAGGGAAGUCUUACUAAACAUCAAAGAACCCACACAAGAGAGAAGCCAUAUAAAUGUUUGGAGUGUGGAAAGCGCUUCAGGGACAAGGGAAAUGCUACUGAACAUCAAAGAACACACACUGGGGAGAAGCCGUAUAAAUGCUUGGAGUGCGGAAAGAACUUCCGUUCAAGCUCACACCUCACUUCACAUCAAAGGAUUCAUACUGGGGAGAGACCAUAUAAAUGCCUGGAGUGUGGAAAGAGCUUCAGAGUCAAGGGAAGUCUCACUAAACAUCAAAGAAUACACACAGGAGUGAAGCCUGAAGUGUGGAAAGAGUGCUUGGAGUGUGGAAAGGGCUUCUGUUGGAGCUCACACCAGUGUUCCCUCUAAGGCGUGCACAUGCUCACAAGUUUUUUUGAUGUCCACUCAGUUUAUUUUAGGUCUCACUCAGGUUGAAUCGGGAAGGCCCCACUCUGAAUGUACAUGUGCACAAUCUGCCUUGAUAAUGCUGCUCGGAACAAAAUUCAUUCCACACAGAGAUGAAAAAAUUAGAGGGGCCACUGGCUCACACCUCACUUCACAUCAAAGGAUUUACACUAGAGAAAAACCCUGUAAUGGUUUAUAGUGCGGAAAGAGCUUCUGCCUCAGGUAGUCACUUAUCUCACCUCAAUCCACUCUGAUGACUGAUGUAAAUGAAUUGCAGGAAAAGAGCUACAUUUUUCUGCUGUGGCAAAAACAGUAAGGAGAGAGUUUCAAGAACAUUGCAAGCCUCACUUCAUAGUCAAGUUUUUAAUUAUAUGGGGAGCAACCGUAUCUAUCCUUGGAGUGCGGAUAGAGCUUUGGUCAGGGGCACUCGCUUACUCCUCAGUAGAGAACUCUUUCCAGUGAUGAAGAUUGUAACGGAAUUCACUUUAGAAAUGAGCUACUUUAAUCUGUUCACACUUUAAACAUUUAAUUUUAAAAAAUGUAUACACCUUU